CAAAUCUAAUAAAACUGAUGUCAACAACCGCCGCCCUUGUUCUUGUCUAUCCACAGAAGUUGACAUUCUUUUCCAUGAAACACGUUUUUGCAGACGUGGUUCAACACUCGAUAAUUUUUCAUGGACAAGGAUAUAUAAGAACUUUACUAAACAAAAUGAGAGAGUGCAAAUGACUAAUAUGCAUUCAAUCCCGACUCCCAACAAAUUAACUAGCUAGGGGAUAAUACAAAUACAUUACAUAUUACUUAGACCGACAUAUCCUAAAAGUGUAUAUAUAUGGUAGGUGAAAUUACAAAGUCAGGAUUCAUGUACAUACAACGUAGAACAAUUGACAAGCAAAUGUUAAAGAAAAAGCAAUAUGUCACCAUCAGUAUUAACUAUGACGAAACCCUCAAAACCGGCUCUUGAGAUUAUUUAGGGUCAUUUGAGGCAAUUGUUUGCCCUAUACUUUAGGACAUGACCUUUUGUGUACGGUUGCAUCAUAUAUACAUAAGUAUUUGUACAUAUAAUAGCCUCGCAUGUACAUACAAACACGACGAUAAGCAUUUUAUAUGUUUUAAAUGAUGAAACAACUUGCACGACCCCGCAUAUUCCAAUCAUGCAUGACGAAAAGCUUGAAAAGUUUAAGCCAUUUUCUUUUUCACUUUCGAGAGCUCUCCGGAGGAAGUUGAAACCCUUGUUUUUUCUAUAUUCCAUGUAGAAAACAUUUUUUUACUUUUAUCAUGUGUCAAUAUCGAUUGUUAUACAAACUAUUUAUUAUACUGCUCUAUCUUUAAAAAAAUAACUCUAUGUGCACAUUCCUUAGAUCAAAGAGUAAGAACUUACUUUUGAGCUGACGUUUUCAUUUUUAAGCAUUGUAGCCAAUUUUGUAACCCGCGUUCUUAAUUGAGUUUUAGAGUAUUGAUCGACUUUUGAGCCGUGAUAAAAGAUUAGCCUAAACUCUUAUAUGCCAAUUAGUGCUUAAAUAUUUAACUCGGGUGGGAUUUUAAGCAUGUGAAUUAUGAACAUAAACAAAUGGUUGCAAAAUUUCUAUCCCCCUUGUGUUUUUUGGCUUCCCCUUUCCUAUUGGAGAAUUAGAUGCGAAUAUUGGUUCCUAAUGGAUAAAUCCAACUUCAUUAUCCAACUCAAACUUUAUGAAAAAUGAAAAAAGAGAUCUCUAAUCAAAGAUAGAACAAAAUCCGUUUUGCAUCAUAUCUAAGGGAUUCCUCGGUUCGGACCGAAACUUUAACCAGAAAGAAUUCUGUUAAGAUGUAGGAUACCUAUCCAGAAGUUUUCGCAUUCUAAUUCGAUCUACGAAGAAAAAAUCACGCUUUGUAGGAUUUGAACCUACGACAUCGGGUUUUGGAGACCCACGUUCUACCGAACUGAACUAAGAGCACUUAACAAAAGACAUUCCGUAUGCAAAGAUUCGUCAUCGUCUUUCACUUUCAAUGUAAUGAAAUCGAACAUAAAAUCUCGAAAAACAGGGGGAAAAAAAUCUUAAUUCCUCCAAAUAUUAUCAAUUGUAUACCCCCAAUAUUCCAGAACAACCCCAUUUUCUUAUAUAUAUGCAGUCUUCAUUUUCCUCAAACCAAAACCCUCAAUUCGACUUACUAUCGAUAACAAUCCUACAUUUCUCUCGACUUAAACUUAGUUUCUUGGUCAGUGUUGCCGUAUUUUCUAGCCAUUUCACGUCCCAAAACCUAAACCCUUAGCUUAUUUGGUUGAUUUUCUAGCAAUGGAGAGAGUGAACAAAAUGGUGGCAGAAAAACCAGUGGUGAUCUUCAGCAAGAGUUCAUGCUGCAUUAGUCACACGAUCAAAUUACUCUUCCGUGAUUUUGGUGUUAAUUCUCUAGUGUAUGAACUCGAUGAAAUUCCAAGAAGUGGAGACAUUGAGCAGGCUCUGUUAAGACUCGGCUGCAAUCCGUCUGUCCCAGCGGUGUUCAUUGGCGGCAAAUUUGUUGGCGGAGCUAAUGAGAUCAUGAGUCUCCAUCUCCAACAAUCCUUAAAGCCAAUGCUCAAACGGGCUGGUGCCUUAUGGGUUUAAUUAAAACCCUACUUCUUAUAUAACUGUGAAUAAUGCAUUUUUAUUGCAUUAUGAUUAGUAGAAGUAGGAUCACUUAAUUAUAAUAACGUAAUCUAGACGUAUAUACAGAGAGUGUGUGUCUGGGUGUUGUAGUUUUGCUAACAAUGCACUGCUAAAUAAUAAGUUCUUCAGCUUUAUUUUAA